UUGUCUCCUUGGUCGAGCAUAGGGAAGCAGCUCACGACGCGCACAGCGUUGCGAUGACCGGACUCAGUGUUACGAUUUUAAUUUAAUUAGUUGCAUUCCAUUCUUUUUUAUGGACUGACUUUUAUUCAUUCCAAGCGUACAUUUUUAGGAAUAUAAUAGCAUUCUUUUUUCCCUCGAGAACGCUUUCGUUCGACGUUCAGCUGUUCUUUUUUUCUUGUGUUUUUUUUAAAUAAUUAAUAAAAUGAAGGUGAUGGUAGAUUUCGAGGAGUGCCUGAAGGACUCCCCCAGAUUCAGCCUCCUCCUGUUCUUUGCCUGGAGAGCCCUUGCUUCUGUUUCUCCUCCCACACCACGCUCGCCUUGUGAGGAGAGGGCAACAAUAGAAGAAGUGGAAGGAGAUGUCUCCGAGUUGGAAUCCAAGUUGGACAAGCUGGUAAAGCUGUCUAUUGGAAUGAUUGAUGCUGGAAAGGCAUACAACACAGCAAGCAAGCAAUUUGUAAAUGGAAUCCGUGAACUGGCACAACAGUCUUCCAAGGAUCAGGUUAUUGAAGAAAGCCUUAUGAAGUUUGCUGAAAAUUUACAGGAGAUGAUAAACUACCACACAAUCCUGUUUGACCAAGCACAGAGAUCGAUUAAAUCUCAGCUUCAGACAUUUGUGAAAGAAGACCUGAGAAAGUUCAAAGAUGCCAAAAAACAGUUUGACAAAGUUAGUGAAGAGAAGGAAACCGCCUUGGUGAAGAAUGCACAAGCACCUCGGAACAAACAACAUGAAGUUGAAGAAGCUACCAGUGUCUUGACUGCAACUCGCAAAUGUUUCAGACACAUUGCCUUGGACUACGUGCUUCAGAUUAAUGUCCUGCAGUCCAAGAGGCGCUCAGAAAUCUUAAAGUCGAUGCUAUCCUUCAUGAAUGCACAGCUCGACUUUUUCCAUCAGGGUUACAGCCUUUUCAGUCAGUUACAGCCUGUCAUGAAAGAGCUGGGAGGCCAACUGGACCAGUUGGUGGUUGAUGCAGCAAAGGAGAAAAGAGAUAUGGAACAAAAGCACUCAACGAUCCAACAGAAGGCUGCAUUACAGGACUUCUCAACGGAUGAUACCAAGCUGGAAUAUAAUGUGGAUGCAGAAAAUGGAAUUGCCAUGGAAGGAUACCUCUUUAAAAGAGCCAGCAAUGCAUUCAAAACAUGGAACAGGCGCUGGUUCUCCAUUCAGAACAACCAGUUAGUAUACCAAAAGAAAUUCAAGGAUAAUCCAACCGUAGUGGUGGAAGAUCUACGUCUCUGCACAGUGAAACAUUGUGAAGAUAUUGAACGCCGCUUCUGCUUUGAAGUUGUAUCUCCAACAAAGAGCUGCAUGAUGCAGGCUGAUUCAGAGAAGCUGAGGCAGGCCUGGAUAAAGGCUGUCCAGACUAGCAUUGUGACUGCUUUUCGAGAGAAAGGAGAGGAUUCUGAGAAGCUAGACAGGAAAUCCUCCACAUCUACAGGCAGCCUAGAUUCUGGCAGCGAUCCCAAGGAGAAAGUUGUUAAAGGGGAAAACAUACUACAGCGCAUUCAGAGCAAUGCUGGGAAUGGCAUGUGUUGUGACUGCGGCAUGGCUGAUCCCCGCUGGGCUAGCAUCAAUCUGGGCAUCACACUAUGCAUUGAAUGCUCUGGGAUACACAGGAGCUUAGGAGUGCAUUUUUCAAAAGUGCGGUCUCUUACUUUAGACUCCUGGGAACCUGAAUUACUAAGGCUGAUGUGUGAAUUGGGAAAUGAUGUUAUAAACAGGAUAUAUGAAGCUCGACUGGAAGAGAUGGGUGCUAAAAAGCCACAGCCAGGUGAUCCCAGGCAGGACAUUGAGGCUUACAUCAGAGCAAAGUAUGUGGAAAGAAGGUUCGUCCGAAAGCCCAGCCCAGCAGAGCAAAGGCUGAAGAUCAUAUCAUUGAAAAAUGAGGAGAAGAGACUUAGUGGUAGCUUGGAAUAUCUUCCACCGCGCCCACCACCACCAACACCUAAGCAGAGGCCAUCUUCUAACAUUUCAGCAGCUGCAGUCUGCAGUGACGAGGCCCGCCGGGAGUCUCUCUUCUGUCCCGAUGAGCUUGAUUCGCUCUUCUCCUACUUUGACACCUCUUCAAAGCUACGCAGUAUAAAGAGUGCUGACAAUGGUAUUCAGAAGAGUACAAAUGCAAAUCAAGAGGUGCCAGUCUCCCCACCGACUGCAAAUAAUUUGAAUGAAUCUGAGUCUAGGAGCCACUCUGCUGUCUUCCCUGAAUUGAAAGAGUACACUUCUGGUCUACAGCUGUACUGUGCUGCAUAUGCAUGCAAGCUGCCAGAAAUGGCUGAGGCAUUGGCUUAUGGUGCAGAUGUCAACUGGUUCAACAUAGAAGAUGACAACAGAACCCCACUAAUUCAGGCUGUACACGGGGGCUCACUGGUUACAUGUGAGUUUCUACUUCAGAAUGGUGCUAAUGUGAACAGUCAAGAUGUGUUUAAGAGGGGACCUCUGCACCAUGCUGCCAUCCUCGGACACACAGGGCAAGUGUGUCUCUUCCUUAAAAGAGGAGCCAGCCAGAAUGCGCUUGACAUUGAUGACAGAAGCCCUUUGUCUAUAGCUGUGGAGGCAGCCAAUGCAGAUAUAGUAACAUUGUUGCGUUUGGCGAAGAUGAACGAUGAGAUGCGUGAAGCUGAAGGACUCUAUGGACAACCAGGUGAUGAAACAUACCAGGAAAUUUUCCGAGAUUUUUCCCAAAUGGCUUCCAAUGAACCAGAAAAACUUAAUCGUCUCCAGCUGUCAGACUCACCGAGGCUGUGAAGCUUGUGCUUCUUAAAUGCAUUUCCUUAACCUUAAUGCCACGUGGCCCAUCAAAAACAAAAACCAGCAGCUCACCAGGUGAACCACUUUGGACUGAGAAGGCCGAUUCCUUUACUCUACUGUGCUGGUUUCUGGUUACGGUCAUAUUUAUGCUAAUAAUUUACAAUACAAAACCCCUUUUGGUAUGUUAAAUGUUAUUAUAGGCCAGUCCUAAAGGGUAAAGGGGGACCGAAGAUAGCUGCCCUGGCUCCAAGUAUUCAGCCACUGGGUGUGUGUGUGUGUGUGUGUGUGUGUGUGUGCGUGCGCAUAUAAGCGUACAUGCGUGUGUGUCUACUUUUACUAUAUCCAUUUCCCUGUUUGCUUGUGUGCCACUAUGUCAGUGCCUCCAUGUUUGUUUGUGUGUAUGUGUGCUUUGCAAUGCUCCAGCUUGGGCUGUGAUGCCGUUUUCACUAAAAUAUUGGGCAGGCCCUUUGUGUUUUAGUGUGGGAGGGAGCGAGCCUUGUUCUGUUGUUGGUGUCAAGUGGGUCAAGUGGGUCAGGUCGACAGUGGCACAAUUCUGUUUUCUGUUGUUUUUCUGUUGAGUGUAACAUGAGGAUUUGUGCACAAAUUGUCAACAAAAAGCUGAUUCGCAAAAGUAAAGAGAAUGAAGAAAGAAGCAACAAUGGAAGAGGAGGAGAAUAAUGCUGCCUCCUGUGUCUGCAGUGGCGAUUCUGAACUGAUUUGUGCCUCAAGCAGUGGAAGCCAUCUGUGUGGAAGGAGAGUUGAUUGUCUGCUACACUGUUGACUUUAACUGCUUGGUGUUUGCUGAGGUUGAAGGCUUCAGAUGCAUUCCUUAACACUUGAGAAACUUGCAGGGAGUUUAUAAUUAAAUCAACAAAAGAAUAAACAUGAAGGAUAUAAAAGGAGAGGCUUAAUGAAGAUACCGUUAAUGGUAAGCCCUUGAGUUACUUGGCUCUCUCUGCUUUUAUACAUCGAGGCGUCUUCAGCACUUCACUUGUUUAUGACAAAAGUGUUUUUAAAACCGUGCCAGCCAGGGUGCUCUAAGACACCCCAAGACCCCAGGUAGGAGGGCUGCCAUUUUCAUUCAUAUUUUGUAAUCUGUGCUGAAUGUAAAAUAUGUAAGUAUUGUAUAUAUCAAUAGAAUUAUUGCUUUUAGAAUAUGUUUAAUAAAAUUAUUCUGGUACUGAA